UACUGUGUAGUAAUUGCAAAACGUUGUAAAAAAAAUAGAGUUCCGUUAUAAAAUAAAAAUAUGGACACAUAACUAUGAAGUCAUCUGCAUACAUUAGGUGACUGAUUAUGUUGUCACAUUUGAAAUGUCAUACAUGUUAAAAAGAUAAUGGGCUGAUAUACUUCCCUGGCCUGACUCCAAUCCCAACAUUAAAUGGAUCAGACGUAGCAUUACCAGAUUUCACAUGUAUUUACUGAUGCCAUUAGCAAUAAACAAGGAUUCUGAUUAGAUACUUGGGAACUGCUUGUAGAAAAGCUUUUGAUGAUUCACACAAUCAAAUGCUUUAGAGCAGUGAUCCUCAAAACCAGGCAGCUUUUAGAUGUCUCUGAUUCAACACACCUGAGUGAAAUAAUCAGGUCAUUAGUGGGACUCUGGAGAACUUGACCUCACUGAGGAGAUACUUCAACCAUUUGAAUGAGAUGUGCUGAACCAUCAAUAAAAUACAUAAAUAUUACACACAGCCAAGAUCUCCUUUAAUGCAAAAAUGCAUAACUUGCACGUUUAGGUUUGUGUUAAAACCAAAUAAUGUUUAGGAUUAGAAGUAAACUGGUUGUCAGAGGUGGUUCUUGAUUUUCGAGAUUUUCUUCUUCCAGUAAAUGGAACUUCACAUUUCUAAGCCAAAACAAUGGUACUUAAAAAUGAAUAUCUCAGUCCAUAUCAGCACAGGAGGUUCCCUUUCCUCCUCUUCAUCUCCCUCCUCCUCCUCGUCUCCAUCCAGUAUUGACGUCUAUGACUCUGUCACCCGCCUCACCGGUUUCCAGGCAGCUCUCUGGUCCAGUCAUGUAGUCACUACUCCUGUUCCGUUCACAUCCGUUCUCUGUGUCCUCGUGCCGUGUCUGUGCGUUUUUAGCCUGGGCUACUUAGAGAUUUCCUGUAGUUGAUGAAUUAGUGUUUUGUCUGAAACUCUUUUUGCGCUUUUCUGACGCUUUGGGGUGUUCCGUGCGUCAGAGCAUCCCGCGAUUUUCCACCCUUUAAAUCUCCUCUCUGGUUGCUCCCUUGGCUCCUUCCUCUCUUUCUCCCUGUUGAGCACCGGGCGAUUAUCUGUCACCGCCGUGACUUCUAAUUGUUUCUUGGCAAAGUUGGGAACCACAGAGGAGAAGGCUUCAAUGAGUGCUCCUCCGUUGAUCCGGGCGCCCAGCCCGCUGCCGUUUUUGGGAGGGACGAGCAGCCCCAACACCGAGGGAGGAGGUGGGGAAGGGGGAGGCGGUGUGAUCUCCUUCCAGAUCCAGAUAGGAAUGAGCCGGGAGCCGGUGCUGCUAGACGCCGCGGAGCUCAACCUCAGUCAGGUCCGGGAAGUGGCGUGCUCCAUUAUCAACCAGAAGCUGCCAGAGUGUGGAUUCUAUGGGAUGUAUGAAAAGAUUCUCUUGUUUCGUCAUGACCAGACAUCAGACAACAUGCUGCAGCUGCUGCGCUCUGCAUCACAGAUCCAGGAGGGUGACCUGGUGGAAGCCAUUCUGUCAGCUUCAGCCACUAUGGAGGACUUCCAAAUCCGUCCACACAGUCUGUUUGUUCAUUCAUACAGAGCUCCAACUUUCUGCGACCACUGCGGUGAGAUGCUGUGGGGUCUGGUACGGCAGGGGCUCAAAUGUGAAGGAUGUGGUCUCAAUUAUCACAAACGCUGUGCAUUUAAAAUUCCCAACAACUGCAGUGGGGUGAGAAGGCGUCGCAAUUCAACGGUUUCACUAACAGGAGGAAUUGUUAAUGUGGGCCGCCCCCUCUCUGCUGAGCCAUCACCUCCCCACUACACAGAUGAUGCUUUGCUGUCUCCUGUAAGUCCCAAUGUUGAGAAGAACCAGUUAGAGUAUUACCCUGGCAGGGAGCGGCGAGCUAGCACCCAGUCAUACAUCGGACGCCCCAUUGAGCUGGACAAAAUCCUACUGUCAAAGGUCAAGGUUCCCCACACAUUCCUAAUCCACUCAUACACCCGGCCAACUGUGUGCCAACACUGCAAGAAACUGCUGAAAGGCCUCUUCAGACAGGGUCUCCAGUGCAAAGAUUGUAAAUUUAACUGCCAUAAACGAUGUGCUCUGAAAGUGCCAAACAACUGCCUUGGAGAAGUUUCCCGAAAUGAAGAUCUUCUGAGCCCAGGAGCAGAGUUGGAUGCUGUGAUGGUGGAGGGUUGCCUUGACGACCCCAGUGGUGACCGACGUGGUAGCCUCCUUGAUGACAUGGAUGAAGCACUAACUUCAGAUGGGGGCUUAAUGCUGGACACCGGAUCUGCUGACCUUAGUGACCUGCGUGACCCUGACCUGGAUGACUCCAACCGUGCCAUCAGCCCGUCCACCAGUAACAACAUCCCACUGAUGCGAAUUGUUCAGUCUGUCAAACACACCAAGAGGAAGAACAGCAAUGUGAUGAAGGAAGGCUGGAUGGUUCACUACACCAGCAAGGAUACUCUUAGAAAACGCCAUUACUGGCGACUGGACAGUAAAUGCAUCACCUUGUAUCAAAAUGAUACAGGAAGUAAAUACUACAGGGAGAUUCCAUUGUCAGAAAUCCUGUCUCUGGAGCCAGCUCAGAACUUCUCUCUGCUUCCAGAAGGAGCCAACCCUCAUUGUUUUGAAAUCACUACAGCAAUGCUGGUUUACUAUGUCGGAGAGAACCUGUUGAGAGGCGAAUCAUCCAUGACUGGCAGUAGCAUCCUGGUCAGUGGAGUUGGGCAGGAUGUGGCUCGGAUGUGGGAAAUGGCCAUCCAGCAUGCUCUUAUGCCAGCCGUCUCCACAGGAAUUUGCCACAAUUCCCACCGAAGUGGGCACAAGGAAAUUUCCAUCAGUAUUUCAGUCUCCAACUGUCAGAUCCAGGAAAAUGUGGACAUCAAUUCAGUUUAUCAGAUUUUUCCAGAUGAAGUUCUUGGCUCUGGACAGUUUGGUAUUGUUUAUGGAGGUAAACAUCGGAAGUCUGGUCGAGAUGUUGCUAUCAAAAUAAUUGAUAAACUUCGUUUCCCUACUAAGCAGGAGAGCCAACUGCGCAAUGAGGUGGCCAUCCUGCAGAGUUUGCACCACCCAGGCGUGGUCAACUUAGAGUGCAUGUUUGAGACGCCGGAGCGAGUGUUUGUGGUGAUGGAGAAGCUCCAUGGAGACAUGCUUGAGAUGAUCCUGUCCAGUGAGAAAGGUCGGUUACCGGAGAGAAUCACCAAGUUCCUGGUCACACAGAUCCUGGUGGCUCUGCGGCAUCUCCACUUCAAGAACAUCGUCCACUGUGAUCUGAAGCCUGAAAAUGUGCUUCUGGCUUCUGCAGACUCUUUUCCUCAGGUAAAACUUUGUGACUUUGGAUUUGCUCGGAUCAUUGGUGAGAAGUCCUUCCGGCGCUCAGUGGUUGGCACACCAGCAUACCUUGCUCCUGAAGUCCUGAGAAACAAAGGCUACAAUCGUUCUCUGGACAUGUGGUCAGUGGGAGUCAUCAUCUACGUCAGUUUAAGUGGGACAUUCCCUUUCAAUGAAGAUGAAGAUAUUAAUGAUCAAAUCCAGAAUGCUGCCUUCAUGUACCCUCCACACCCGUGGAAGAAAGUCUCUCAGGAAGCAAUUGACCUGAUCAACAACCUCCUGCAGGUGAAGAUGAGGAAGAGGUACAGUGUGGACAAGACUCUCAGUCACCCCUGGUUACAGGAUUAUCAGAUGUGGCUGGACCUGAGGAAUUUAGAGGGUCGAAUGAACGAGCGGUACAUCACCCACGAGAGCGAUGACCUUCGUUGGCUCCAUCACGCUCAGCUCAGCGGCCUUGACUACCCCUCGAAUUUCAUGAAUGGUCCUCUUAACGACGUUGAUCCAGGGAUGGAGCGCUACCAUGAGCAGGAGGAGGAGCUGGAGACCCUCAGUGAGAGGGUCAGUGAACUCUGAGGACAGCGUCGCAAAGUAACACAAACCAGAAGAAGGAAGUCUGAACUUUUUCUGGAGGAGCAGUAUUAAACAUUUACAAAUAUUUUUCAAGCAGGUAUUACAUUUCAUUUCAUUCAAAUCGGCUUCUUUUCUAUGAAAACAGCUGCAGGUUUACUAAUCUGCACACCGGCAGUGCGCGCUGACACCUCCAAGUUAAAUGUUCCUGUUCCUGUCAAACACUGACUGGAGGCUUUCUGUGUGGAGUUUGCAUGUCUUUCCUGCAGCUUUUCUUGUAUCUGACUUUUGCUUCUGUCUUCAUUCCUAAAACAUACAUGUUGCUCUUACUAGAAAUGAUAAACUUAAACAUUAGCAGGCUUCUGUUUCUGGUUUCCCCCAUGGCUCAUAAAAAGUUCGGGUUCCAAUCGGUUGUGACCCUUUGAAGGAGUCAGCUCAUUAGAAUUGAAGGCCUCAUGAUUAGGCUUGAGUAAAUUCAAAAUAAAAAUUAUUAUAGAUAUACCUUUUUUGUAUCUUUCCUGUUAACCGUAACAGAGGCGGAGCAAUUAAAAAGAAAUUGGAAGUGCAUGACCUCAAGCUUCUCAACAUAUCAGACUGAAAAAAAAAUCUCCCUUGCAGAUUUCUGUUUAUUGUCACUCUUAAAUGUUUCUGUGAGCUUUUUGUUUUUUGGGGGGGGGUUUUUGUUAACCCUCUUGCGGUCUUAAGAUGCAACCCAUCCUGUCAUGAUCUGAACAUAUUCAAGAACAGAUCAAACAUUCUUAUUGGUUUUUUUCAGUCUGGGUUCCAAAACUAUUUCUAAGGAUGCGUUCACACCAAUACUGUUCAGUCCGCUUUAAUCAAACUCCAGUCUUGUUUAGAAAGUCCGGUUCAUUUGCGGAGGUGUGAAAGCAUAAUAAAACUGAUGUGGACCAAAGAAGCAAAGUCUGCAGAAGCCUUGACUCAGUUGCAGUGAACUCUGAUGAGGUUUGAAUGCAUAUGUGAAUGUCCAAAGAAGCAGACUUUAGCACAUGGGAUUCUGGGUACAGACAACCAAAACAAACGCAAGUCUAGCGAUAAAGAGAAAUCCUACAAACAUUGAAAUCUGAUGGCACUCCAUUGUGGUUUACAUUUCCUGAACAAGUACAUUGUACUCAGUGUCUUCUUCAUAAGUUGGUGGAGCGCCACCAAACGUGAGGAGGUGAUCAGGUUUUUCAAAGGGUUUAGUUGGUUUGACACGGUGCAGUGUGAAAGCAAACCACACCAACUGGAAAUGGAACAAAUGCAGCAAUUUUGGUCCCCAAUCAAGUUUACCAGACUGUCGGGUGUGAAAACACCCUAAGGCUUUGUGACUCCAGCGGACUACAGUGAGAGACAAUAUGCACAGAGAAAACACCUCGUGCAUAUUGAUGCCAACUCAUCCAGGAGAUCUCUAUCUUCCCAGAACAAUCUGCUAAUCAGGGGUUUUCAAAGUACGGCAGAGCUAGUUGCCUGUCAGAGGGCAAAUCGACAACCUCCAAAUUCCCAUCACCACCAACUACAUUGUUGCUAUUAUUUCUGUUUGGGUUUUUUUCUGUCGCUAUUCUUGAUGUUUCAUUCAUAGAUGUUUACUCUACACUUUGAAAAACCCUGAUGUAAAGUAUUGCAGGUUUGACUUGUCUAGUUAAUCCAGCCUGUCAGCAGCAAGUCCAACUCUAAUGGCUCAAAAAGACAACAAAACAAAAUAAAUAUUUUUCAGUGGCCAAGUUAAAGAUAAACAGCUAAAACCAAUUGUGAGGCUGUUGCUCAAUCUGAUUUGCUUGUUAAAUCAGGGUGACUCCACAUGUGAAUGUGGUCGUUCACAUUUCUAAAUAUUAUGUGACUUGUGUGUGACCUCCUGUGUGAACUUCAAAUGAUCUGACAGUGUCCCGCAUGCAUAGUAGAGGGCGCAAGGUUGUGCAUGUAGUGAGCAUGCUCAGAGUUUUGCCAUAAAAAAUAAGUAGUCAGCGUUAGCUGAAGUAAACAUGGAUGCUAACGACGGAGCGUACCUUAUGAUUUUAAAGUUGUUAUCUAACUGGAGCAGCAGAUUAACAACUUAAUCCUCAUCAUGGUCCACCAUGGUUGUUGUUUUUCUUCCUGCUAUCAGGAUACAGAAUGGUGACAUUUGUCAAGUAUCAAUGACGUCCAGGUGGGAUGAAUGUGACCUGCUGUACAGACUCAGGUCACAUAUGAAAAGAUGGAAUACGUAUCAGAUUUAGAACCACAUAUUCAAGUGGCCUGGGGAGCAUUCAAAAAAAUCCAACCUGUGUUGUUCACACUGUCAUGAAAAGACCAGGUACAUGUUGCACUACGGUUAAAAAAAAAAAAAAAAUAGAUUCGAGUCACUUCAAGCUGAAUGUGAACGCAGCCAUAGACAUUUUCAACAGUUUAUUUAAACAAAUAUAUAUAUAUUUUUUUAUAAAAGUCACAUUCUGCAGCUUUGAUCUCUGCCGUCUCCAGCCUGCGUCAGUCAGUGUGUGUGACAGCACCACCAUGGCUCAUCACUGCCUCGCCGGCAAUGUGUAAAUUUAGCAAUUUUGACCAUUAAAAUGUUUAUUUAUAAAUUUUAUCAAGUUGACAAAUUGAUUUUUUUUUUUUAAUCAUUUUUAGUGUUUUACAUGACAUGAUGUCAUGAUGUACUGCCUCGUCUGCCUCUCCAGACAUCUGGACAUCACACUUUCUUUAUCUAAGAAUAGAGAAAGUGACUUUAGCUGCUUUCUUCUGCAGUGCCUCUUUUUGAACUUUAACCUUACACAGGCACCAUUGAAGUCAGUCUAAAAGCAGCGUAACAGGCUGCCUUCCCAUUCAUCUCUUAUUGUACUUCAACAGAUUUAUAUGAUAAGACUGUGGUAGAUGCAAAGGAACCAAUCAGCUGUGACUGUGUGCUCUAAGAGCAGGAAAACCUCUGAACUGACCUGAACUCUAGGUUGUGUUGUAUCAGAUUAUUCUACAAUGUAAAGCUGCUUUGAGGUUGAAGAAAAAGUUAGUGUCUACCCUGACUGCACAUCACUGAGUCACUGCCGUCUUUGUGCAGUUAACAGAGUUCACUGUAGAUAAUGUAAUAUUAGAUUUACACAACUGCUCCUGUGACCUGAAGGCAACCUGACUGUUUGGCACAGACUUGCCGUCAGUCAUCUGUUGGAGAAAAUCUACAGAGCCCUCUGGUGGCUGGUGUGAAAAAUUAAAAUUGAACAAAUGACUGAAGUUACUGUAAGAGAGGGCUUUUAACCAGAGACAUUUCCUGACCAGAGCUUUGUGUUAUUCUGAUGUCAGCGUUAACACUCUGCUGAAAAUAACAAUCACUCAGUUUCAAUCAGUUUGAGAUCAAAGAGCAAGAUCAAAAAAUGGACAGAUGAUAUUUGUGAGAGAUAUCACAAAUAUAAGGGCAGAAACAUGGUUUAGAGUCCAAGUGGUUCAUGUUUAGGCAGGACUGUUUUAAGUUCUGUGAAAUUUAUAGCAGAAUUAUUUAUGGAUUGAAUAAACAACAGCAACUGGUUUCAAAAGUUGCACUUUCUAGUUGACAUUUUGGAGGUUAAAAAAGUAUUUUAUAUAGUCUAUAACUUACACGGCAUUUGUUUACCACUGAUGGUAAUUAUUUCCACAGCUAAAGAUUAACCAAAAAUAUUGUGUUGGAACAAUCAAUCUCCCUUCAUUUGCUGGGUUCAUGUGGCUGCAUCAGAUGAUUUGUUAAAUGUCAGUCGGUGUUCUUAUCAGACUUCACCACCCCGCCCUCCCACCAACCCCACCCCUACAAUCCUGCAAGGAUAAGCAUGGAUGGAUGGAUGGAUUUUUGAGUUUUCAAGUGGAGUCCUAAACACUAGUUGCUCUGUAAAUAAUUGUUUGACAAAGUGUCUAAGGUCUACAUUUCUGUUUUUCUUUUUCUUUUUUUGCCAGUUACUGUUAACUGAAGCUUCUUAAGGUGCAUGUUUCUCCUUGUUUGGUGAACUGAUCAAUGAAUCUCGAAAUGCCUUUAUUCAUAAUUGUGAAUUAAUUUGCUGUUUGAAGAAAUGCUCAGUGUCAUACUUGUUUUUAUAAUUAUAAAAAUCUUUUCAUAUCUGGGACUGAAAACCGUCCAGAGUGUACUCCACCCCUCUCCCUUAUUCAUACCCUCCUCUUCCCAGGCAACAGGAUGGAUGGAUGUUUUUUCUGCAACUGGAAAAUAGCAGUAAAUUACUCUUAACUCUUUCAUUUCACAUUAAAAAAGACAACACAAUGUCUCUAUCAUAAGUUAUGUUGACUGCUGCUUAUAGCUCUUAUAAUGUGUUUGUGGAAUGAGUGGUAAUUAAUUAUUUUAAAUGUUUUUUGUUUUUGUUUUUGUUUUUUUGCAGUGUGUUUUAAAUUCGCUGCAAUUUAUUAUCUUGAACUUCAUUUUAUUUGUUUAUUUUACAAAAUUAAAUGAUGACAAAGUUAAUUGUGGUCAUUAGUAUAUGUUUUUAUAUAAGGACACUCAAAAACACCCCAUUGCUCCUUAACUGUGCUGUCACAUCUUUGCUAACCUGAAUAUAGGAGUGCUGUCAGAA